ACCUACUACCUUCAAAACACAGUCAACCUCUAAUACCACUGUGGGAACUUAGCUACUGAAGUUAUUCUGAGUUUACCAACUUGUAUAUCUAUCGCAAACCAGCUUGAUUGACAUUGGACCUCCAGGCUUCUCUUGGAUACCAAGGACAUUGACGUUAGGUUCUACUAUACGAUGGCAGGUGAUUGCAGCAGAGUGAUGUUAGACGUGGAGAGUGGCCCUGUGUACCCAGCAACGACCGUGACCCUGGUACGGGGGAAGUCCACACACCGGUGGAGGCUGUGUGGUGCCCUGCUGGCCGUGGCACUGUGUGUCUCAGCUGCACUUUUCGUUACCUGGCACGCCAAGAGACAAGAUCAGGUCGAGGAAGUUAAUGAACUUCAGCAUACACUGAGACAACUCUCUGUAAACAGAAAGGCUGCCAUUCAUCUGGAAGGUGAGUACACCGGCAGUGUAAAAUACAGGACCACAGUGGAGUGGACAGACGAUGAGGGCCAGGCAAUCUCACAGGGGGGUCUUAAACUCAACAACAACGAGAUCGUGAUCCCCCGGCCGGGCCUAUACUUCGUCUACAGCCAGGUCUCUUUCCACGUCAGCUGCAAGGCCGACCCCAAGCACCCUAACAACCAGGAGAUGGUUCACCUGAGUAACACGGUCACGCGCUGGUCCCCAAGCUACGGCACCGAAGAAAACAAGGAGUACCAGAUGCUGCUCAACUCCGUACGCACCGUGUGUAAGAAGUCUUCCAACAGCGAGGCCAGCGAAGGACAGUGGUAUAAUGCCGUGUACAUGGGAGCCGUGUUCAGCCUGGAGAAGGGAGACAGGCUGCGGACAGUCACAGAGAACAGGCUUCUGCCCCAUCUGGAGAGCGGUGCUGGGAAGAACUUCUUUGGCGUGUUCGCCUUGUGAGACGGACGAAAAUGGCAUGACGAUAGAGAGGAAGGCUACGUUCCAAAUCACCCUAUACUUUAACUUUCGGUGCACUAUAUAGGGAGUAGGGUGACGUUUGGGGUGUGGCCUCAGUGUGAGGGGGAAAAGGUUCAUGCAGUAGGAGGGGUUAAACAGCUAAAUCCACGACGAAGAAGAGGAUAAUGGAAGGUUACCUGAUAGGAGUCAGGGCCGUUUCAUCUACUGAAGUUGACUGAGGUUAAGGCAUCGUGUUGUUUCGUGUUAAAGCCAAUGCAUUUUAUUUUUGAUUUUGAACUCUUCUGUCAAAGAUGAGGAAUUAUAGCCUGGGUACCAGUCUGUUUGUGCCAUCAUGUCACUCCUUAUCAUGCCAAACAUUGGCUUGCAUGACAGCAUGAUGUAGGCAAGAGCACAAGCAGAUGUGGAACCAGGCUAGAGAAAUGACACCGAUCUAUCUAAACUGUAGCAGUUUGUUUAUGUAUACUUGGGUUUUAUUGUUUAACAAAUGUGUUGCCAUGGCGUUACCAUGACAGUAAAUGUCUAUGAUGCUAAUGCUGAACUACAAUCCACAGCACAUAA